AUCUGCCAGGACCUGGUCUCUCUACUGACGGUUUCACUGACCGCUGUGGUGUUCCUAGUACAGGCCUCUCUGGGCAAACGGGACCGGCCGCCGUACAGACGGGUGUAUGACAUGCAAAAGAACCCGUGCCUCGAAGGGUCACCCCAACCAUCGCUGUGCUGGACGUCUGCUCCGAAGCUUUGUUGUCUCCCCAUCGCCAUGUUUGUGACGUCAUCGAUGAUCAUCACGGAGUCUGCGCGAGAUCUUCACUUUCGGGAUUCUUCUUCAUUGACAGCGGAGAGACAG